UUGGAAACAGGUGUUUUGUUAUUCAUAAUUACUUUCCGACAUUAGAAAUCUAAAUAGUCAAUGAAAGAUCUGGAGUUGCUCAUAAUGGACAUUUAUGUGUAUUCAAUUCAAAUUAAAGCGAUUUAACCGAGAGCGUCUCGAAGCUGUUGUAUGCACUAGCGAAACUCAGUUUGCUUUAUAAACAAACCUGGCGACUCGACAGUCUACACUGUUUAACCAUUUAGUUUAGAAUACUACAACUACUUAAGUGUUUUGAACUUCGAUCUUUCUCAGGAGAUAGUAACCCAUCCGCGGUAAAAGGAGUACAUCUUAUCAAUAAAAAGGAAGAUAAAGAAGACUGCAGAGAUGUCCCGCAGGUAUUCUAACUAUCCACGAAGUGACGCCACUACCCCUGGAAAAAGAGUUCGGGGGUCAAUUGCAGGGGCCAGGUUUGCGCAUGGUUUCAAGUCAGGAUCUGGUCCUAUAGCCGAUCCCGGGGCAGCGCUGGAAAUUACCUCCAUAGGCGAUAGAUCGAACGACAUGCCGCGAAAAGCAUACCGGAUGGAAAAUACCUAUAAACUAGAACCGGAUGAGGAUAAAGUUUUCCGGGUGUGUGAUGUGGAGAAGCUUGCUGAAGCUGUGUUAGCGGAACAUUUAGCUAAGAUUGAGUAUGACCCCGUCAAAUGUCGGGACGUCAGUCAAACUGUGGCCGUGGAUAUUUUAGAUAGAGUUAAACAAAUGGGAUUUAAGCGAUAUAAAAUCGUCACAAAUGUAAGCAUCGGCUCACUGAAGGAAAAACCAGGUAUGCAGUUCGGAAGUCGAUGUUUAUGGAAUAAAAACACGGACAAUUUCGUUAGUGUUAAAUAUUCCAACUCGUCCAUUUUUGCAGUGGCCAUGAUCUAUGGACUAUACUUUGAUUAAUAUAAGAAUUACGGACCUAUUAAGUGGUGCAUCCGUUUUGUGCAGUAUUUUGUUCUUACACAGACUGUAUAGACAUACUGCCUCAGGUAUCUUGCCAAAGUUUUGAUAAAACCUUUGUGCUUUUUUACAAA